AUGAAGAGAAAGGUACUCAAGGCAGUCGACUAUGACAAGCGGGUCUACUUUGCAACUAAACCCGGGGCCCAGCUGAAAGAAACGAUGGCUCGGGCGGAAAGGGAUCACAGAAUAUGGCAAGCAGGAACAGGAAUGGUUGUCAUUCAUGCAGGGAGUAUGGAUAUGCGGGGAGAAGUGACGGCACAGAGUGCCAUAAAUGAACUGGAAGAACAACUGAAGAGAUGUCAGAUGUCACCGGAACAUCAGUAUGUGAAUUUUCACUGGAAGAAAACUACGAGUCAGGUCGCUUCAUCUCCCUCCCGAAACUUGCUGGGUCCUCUAAUCGCAGAAGCACUCGAAGAGCCUCGACCAACCGCGACGUUCCUCCCGGAGGUAUACGUGAUGGCCAACGACUUUCAGCGAGCGCUGAACAUCAGGAUGCUCGAACGACUGGGCACAUCUUUCAAGAGCAGGCCCAACACGGGCCAGCAGUUUAUGGACAUAGGAUGUGGUACCGGCGACUUCACUCGCCAAGAACUCCUGCCACGCUGCCAGCCCUGCAGGAGGAUCAUUGCAACGGACAUCAGCGAAAGCAUGGUGGGCUACGCGAGAGAGAACUUUGCCCAUCCGCAGAUCGAGUACCAGGUGCAUGACAUCUCGAAAGACGUGUCGGGACUUGUGAGGAAGUACGGCCAGUUCAACCGCGUCUACUCUUUCUUCGCUUUACAUUGGGUGAAGGACCACGUGACCGCUUUCAGAAACAUGUCCGACUUGAUGACUUCUGGAGGGGAGUGCAUGCUUUUCUUUGUGGCUCGUUCGACAAACUUCGAGAUGUGGAGGAGAAUCUGCCUGAUGGACCAAUGGAAAGCGUAUAACGAGAUAUGCGAGAAGUUUAUUCCUGACCGCCAGGAUACUGAAGACCACGCCAGCCUCAUAUCUUACAUGCUGGACAUUCUGAAAACUGUGAACUUGAAGCCCCAUGCGUGUGAAAUUCUAACAAAAACUUCUCUCGCUGAGGACUUGGAGGAGGUCAUUCGAACGAGUAUCGCGGUCCUUCCGUUUUUGCCACUACUCCCGGUCGAAUCAAGGGCAAGCUACAAAGAUGAUCUGGAAAACGUCAUUCGCUCAUACUGGAAAGAAAGCAACGGCGGAGACCCACAUUUUUACACCGAUAUGUUUGUUGUCCACGCUGGGAAAUCUUGA